AAGUGACUGUCAAUUCACAGUACUCUGUUUCAGUGUUUCCCAUUUUCCACAUACACAUAUAAAUUGCUCCCAUUUCACCAUUGAAGCAUAAAUUGAUUAUUCAUUCGCUCCCUCUGAGAAUGAGAGUCAUGGGCCUCUCUGCAAUCCAGCCCUUCUUAACAAUCCUUACUGCAAUCUUGUUUCUUGAUUCAUCUACAGCGCUUGAAUUUCCUCACGAGCUCGUCAAUGAAAUCCUCCCUGAAUUCACCAACGCUGCCCAAUCCCCAAUUUCAGCUCCGUACAGCCCUGCCCAAUCUCCAUCCAACGAAAAUCCAUCUCCUCUGACGCCUGCACUCUUCGUCAUUGGAGACUCCUCCGUCGACUGCGGCACCAACAAUUUUCUCGGGACGUUUGCUCGCGCAGACAGGCCGCCGUACGGCAGAGACUUUGACACUCAUCAGGCGACAGGGCGGUUCUGCAAUGGCAGAAUCCCUGUCGAUUUUCUUGCACUUCGACUUGGAUUGCCAUUUGUGCCGAGCUACCUCGGCCAGACAGGAUCGGUAAACGACAUGGUUCGUGGCGUGAAUUAUGCUUCAGCAGGCGCAGGGAUCAUCUUCUCCAGUGGCUCUGAAUUGGGGCAGCACAUCUCACUGACGCAGCAAAUCCAGCAGGUGAUGGACACAUUCCAGCAGUUCAUCCUCAGCAUGGGAGAAAACGCCGCCUACGAUCUAAUCUCGAGCUCCAUAUUCUACAUUUCAAUCGGGAGCAACGACUACAUACAUUACUACCUCCGUAACGUGUCCAACGUGCAAUCCUUGUAUCUCCCCUGGAAUUUCAACCAAUUCUUAGCUCAGACGAUGAAGCAGGAGAUCGAGAACUUGUACAAUGCCAAUGUAAGAAAUGUCGUCCUAAUGGGGCUGGCGCCAUUGGGGUGCGCGCCGUAUUACCUCUGGCUAUACAGCAGCGCAAAUGGCGAAUGUAUCGAAGUUAUAAACAACAUGAUACUCGAGUUCAACUUUGCUAUGAAGUACAUGGUGGAGGAGCUCAACCACGUACUCCCGGACGCCAACAUAGUUUUCUGCGACGCAUUUGAAGGAUCGAUGGACAUAAUAAAGAAUCACGAUUAUUAUGGGUUCGAUGUUACAACCGACGCCUGCUGUGGCUUAGGGAAGUAUAGGGGAUGGAUAAUGUGCAUUGCGACUAAUAUGGCUUGCAGCAACGCUACUAAUCAUAUUUGGUGGGAUCAGUUCCAUCCCACUGCAGCAGUUAACGAAAUACUCGCAGACAACGUGUGGUCUGGACAACACACGAGCAUGUGUUCUCCGAUGAAUUUGAAAGACAUGAUAUCUCGGAAUGGAAAACAAUGAAGCGCGAAAGCACAGAUGCAACGAUAAUUUCAUGUAGAUAUGGAAUUCUUUCAGCUAUUCU